AUCUCUAUGACUUUCACCCAAUAGCUGUCAGUGGAAUAUUAUUACGUAGUUUCCGGUAUUUCGCCCCGACCCACCCCAAAAACAACUGUCGAACUGGCAAGGAGCAGUCUAAAGGGGUCGAAAAUACUCAAAGAAUCUUCAAACCCCAAGAAACAUAGCUGCUUCACUCUCCACCAGGAUUACAUCGUGAUUGGACACAGGACCAUCUCCCUGCCAAUGGCAGCUCUUUAGAGGGGGAAUGUCCAUGUCAACCAUAGUCACUGGCUGAGCUGGACUUGAGAUCACAAUGAUGAAGAUGAUCUGAGGGAGUCUUCCUCCUCAGGUGUAGGAGGCGGGUCCUGUCCUUUCCCAUCCCCUUGACACACCCAUUAAUAUGAACCAUGGACCCAGGAGCAGUUGACAGUCCCGUCACCUUAGUUAUCAAGGCCCCCAACCAGAAGUAUGACGACCAGACAAUAAACUGUUUUCUCAACUGGACAGUGGAGAAACUGAAGAGUCACAUCUCAAAUGUGUACCCAAGCAAGCCGUCAUCCAAAGAUCAGCGGCUGGUAUACUCGGGCCAUCUCCUCCAGGACCACCUGCAGCUGAGGGAUGUCCUCAGGAAGCAAGAGGGUUAUCACAUGAUGCACCUGGUGUGUGCCUCUCGUACCCCUCCAGCGUCGCCCACGCCGCACUGCUCCGCCUCCAGCUCUUUGACCACUGACCCCGGCUCCAGCUCUGGGAGUUCAGACAUUGCUGGCUCCACCUCCCAAGCCACAGCACCAAAUCAGGACAGUCAGUCCGCCGCCUCCUCAGUAACAGGAAGUUAUGAUGGGCUAAGGCACCGUGGAGACUUCCCCCAAUUUAACCCUCAAAAUCCUUCCUCUACUGGUAUAAUGCAAUGGCCAGAUGGGACGCAGGUCCCGGUACAGGGGGGUAUGGCUGCAGGUGUGCCCCCCCACCCCAUGUACAUGCCCAUGCAGGUCCUCUGGUGGCAGCAGAUGUAUGCACACCACUACUACAUGCAAUAUCAAGCAGCAGUGGCGGCCUCACAGCCCCCCUCCACCCCUCCCUCCUCCCCCAGUCCCACCCGCUCCCCCCAACCUGCACAGCCAAAUGAAGCUCCGCCUCCCCUGGAGCCUAACCCCGCCCCUAACCCUAUCCAAGAGGACAGGCCGGCCAAUCCCAAUAUCCAGAUGAAUGCCCAGGGCGGGGCCGUGCUAAAUGAGGACGAAUUGAACCGUGAUUGGCUGGACUGGAUGUACACGGUCUCCCGCGCCGCCAUUUUGCUCAGCAUCUUAUAUUUUUACUCCUCCUUUGGCCGCUUCGUCAUGGUGAUAGGCGCCAUGCUGCUCGUCUUUUUGCACAGGGCUGGUUGGUUCCCUUUUAGGCCAGAGCUGCAGAACCCCGGAGGAGGAGGAGCGGGGUUAGCUCAUCAGGACGAGGCAGAGCGACACCAGGACAUCCAGGAGAUGGAGCGAAUGAUGGAUGAAGGGCUGGAGGAUGAGGAGGGCGACAGUGGAGAGGAAGGCCCAGAGGACCCGGCAGCUCCCGCUGCCCCCCGCCACCACGGCUUCCUGGCCUCCACCUGGUCCUUCAUCAGCACCUUCUUCACCUCCCUCAUCCCAGAGGGACCCCCCCACCCAGCCAACUAAACAAGGGAGGGAGAACCUCCCUCCUCCCCAGCAACAACCUCCCAUGCUGUCAACUACUAGACUGUAAAUAGAGCUGCAGUGUGGGAGAAGUCUUGAAUAAAUCAAUGAACAAGCUAACAUGUUAUGCCAUGUUAAACAAGCUAACAAUGCUUUAUAUUCCAGAGGCUUCUCUGAUUUCAUCAUACAAACUGAUACACACACACUUUAUUACCUUUGAUCAUGUCUGCUCAUUCAGAUUUUGGUGUCAUUGAAUGGCCUCGAAGGGUCGUCCAUUUUAAGCAGUGAUACAGCCGUUGCAUUUAUCGUUUUGUUUUUUGAGAUUAGAUAAAAGGACAUACACACCUAAAUGUGUAUGAAUAUUUCAAUGACUCUAGCACACAUGUUUCUCUCUGUGUAUAUGAGCAUUAUCUACUUACAUAUAAGUAUCUACAUCUUAGUUCUUGACAAAAUGCAUUUUUUAAUAAAAGCCUUGUGGUUUCA